AGGCUCUUGUUAGUGCACCCAGGAGCCUUCGAUCACCCACUAAACUGCAGCCUCAUAGUUUGCUCCCUCGACGAAAAGCCGUCCUAUAAUGCACUUUCAUAUACCUGGGGUGGCCUAGGAGAACCCAAAUUCAUCACCCUCGAAGGUAUUGCUUGGGAGAUUACAGCCAACUUAGAGCAAGCUCUUCUCCAUCUUCGGCCUUCCAAUAAAGAACUUUCCCUUUGGGUUGAUGCUAUAUGCAUCAAUCAGAAUGAUGACCGAGAGAAAGCCUACCAGGUUGAAAUGAUGGGGGAUGUAUAUCGGUUCGCGACGCGUGUUAGGGCAUGGAUUGGU